CACGUGUAGGACUUCCCCAAGCCUUAUUGGCGUGACCGUACAAGCUGCCAUUAUUCUUACUACAAGUAUGUACAAGCUUCUUCUAGCACUACAUGUACAUCAUUUAUACUUACUGGCUUUGCUCUACUGUCAGACUAAUGCUCAGCAAUGUCUUCGUGCAACCAAUGGUAACAGGGAUCUACCAAACUUUGUCAGACCAGGAGGUGUGGGACAGCCACGGUUUCAGGUCAACCCAAUCCAAGCCAUCAUUGCUAGCUACAGGUUUGACUGUUGUGGAGUGGUGACUGAGUGGAGAGCUAUUGUGCACAACAGUGGCUUUAUAAACUUUGAGGAGCAACCUUAUACCAUCUCCUUCCAAGUGUGGAGACCCAACUCCCCCUCACCCAUGGACACUGAUGGCUGCUACACUAUGCAAGGUACUAACUAUUUCCCAUCCAUUCCACUGGCUGAUCCUGACACUGAUGACAGAGGAAUAGUGACUGGGGUACCACUAGAGAGUGAGAGGAUUGAGGUUCAACCAGGAGAUGUGGUCGGAUUCUAUCUAGAGAGUAGGGAAAAUGGUAAUGAUGGUAUCCAGUUUGCUGAAGAUCGAAGGGAUGAAUCAGUUUGGUAUGCUACUGGUGUUAUCACUGAUAGUGGUUUAACAUGUCCACUUCCAGUCGGUCCAGGACAAACUCUCAGCUCUUUCACUAACUUAGCUCCACUCAUCACUGCAACACUUUCAAGUGUUGCCUGUCCUAGAACUCCAAGAACAACUGAAGCCACUGUAACUCCUACAACCACAGCUAUAGCAACCCCAACCCUACACACCUCACCCACACCCUCAGGCAUGACAACAGGUCCUACUACAGCUGACAAUGUUGGACUUUAUGUGGGAAUAGCAGUACCAGUUGAAGUGGUUACCUACCAAGCUACCAAUAGUGGACACUAUGAAGACAUCUACACUGCCCAAAUAAUUAGCUCUAGCAAAGAGGUCCCUUCAACUCAAGAGCCCCUCUAUACUACCAUCGAGGAAUCAACUGACUCAAACAGCAACCUAACUCAGAGCAAAGCCUAUGAGGAUGUUAUCACAACAGAUGAUGACUACUACGUGAAUGAGGGAAUGGGAGGGAUAAAUGAAGUAACCAUGCAAACAAACGAAGCAUACGGCACAACCAAGCAACCACAAAUGGCCCAGUUAACCUACGACUAUAUUGAUCCCUCAGCUGUAUCACAUGAUCCACCCACGAUAUCGAACCAGGCCUAUGGUACCACUAAAGAUAGUGGGACAGCAGAAGUGGCAAUGGAUAAGAUAAGAAAUGAAGCCUACGUUGGAGUGAGACAGUUGAGUUCUGACAAUGACCCCUCAAUACCCACCACAGAGAAUGAGGCAUACACUAGUGUGGCUGCUAACACUGAUCCUGAAGAUGCUUAUGACUAUGUUAGACCAUAA